AUGUCUGCCGAUCCGCCGGAAAAUAACUGGCCUGGCAAAGAGGACGAGUCGCUGUCCAUCGACUCCAACGCCCGACCCCGACGGGCCUCCGCCACCACUCGACGGUCGCGUCGCAAGAAGGACGACGACACCGAGGCCACUCAGAAAGAUCUCGCUAGGUCAAAGGCCCAAAAGGACAACAACAGUUCAAAAGAUAGCGCAAAGGACACCAAGGAAAAAUCCAAACCCCGGGGAAGUCGUCGCCAACGAGAAAAGUCCACCUCCACCAAUCCCAAUAACACUACCACUACCACCACCAGCAACAGCAUCAGCAGUAAUAAUAACCACAACGACAACGACAACCAGAGUACAACGGCUCCCAAUGACCAGAACUUGUCGAAUAACUCUCGCAAGAAACCAAAGCUGGAGCCCACGCCUCCCGACGAGGUCCCCAAGAGUAUCUCCGUGAGCUCCAUCACCACCCCGUCUGCUCCUGCUCCUGCUCCAGCGCCCGCGUCAACGAACACGCCAACGUCAACUGGCCGCUCUCCGCACCUCACAGCCUCGUCCGCAUUACACCUCCACCAACCUUCUCAGCAUGAGCAGCACCAGCAUCAUCCCCAGCUCAAUCCCUCAUCCUCUCUUCCUCCCUACUCGAAUUCGACCCCGACUCAGACCCCGACUCACGCGCCGUCCCCCGCUUAUGCCAUGAGCCAUCAUUCGCUUCAUCCUCCACGGCCUCAAUCCCAACCGCCUCCCCCUGCUCCCCUGCUCCCCCUCAGAGGAGGAGCGUCCCCCGCGCAGAAUCAUUCCCCGCGCAACACGUUCCGUGCAAGUGCCUCGCCGGCCAUCUCCAGUAUCAUCGAUCCACCCCAGCCGACUUCAACACAACAUAUCUACUCGCCAAUUCCACGGCCCUCACCGAGCCAUAUUCCGUCGACGCUCUCCUCACCCGGAAUACACCCCAAUGCUCCACAGUCAGUCCAUCCUUCACUGGCACCCUCGCCUUUGCCGGCGACCUCCCCCUCUCAUGGGUCUAUUCUCGCCCCUCAGCAUCCACUGUCACUAGCCUCGCAGCCACAACAAUCAUCGCCGCCCUAUUCACAUCGCUCUCCCUAUCCGCCUCAGCAGCAACUACCACAACCGCAGCCUCCACGUUCUCCGCGCAACGAACACAAGCCCGUCGCGGCAGCUUCAGAGCCCGUCCCACCCAGUGAGGCACCGCAGAAAUCGUCUCCGAAGCAGGAGGCAGAGCCACCGGUUCUGCCUAAGAAACAGCCCCUCACAAAACCCGCCUCUCCUCCAGAAGAACCAGCCGCGAUGGAUGUGGAUACGAAUGAACCUGCUCAGCCCACUGCAGAAGCCAAGGCGCCCAAGAAGGAAAAAGGAACAACUGCCACCACUACCACCGCCCCUUCCUCCAAUGCGGCAUCGCCGAAGCCCUCGCGUCCUGUCAAGGAAGCGCCGCCUCCAUUACCCCAAGGCUCCGGGUUGAUCUCCAACGCACUAUUUGGAACCGAUGACACUCGCCCCUCCGGUUCAUCUCGCAGCUCGCCCAACAUUGUUCUACACAUUCCCUGCAGCGAGACGGCAAUCAAAUCAUCAACUUUGCCCGAGCGACUGGCUCGCGUUGCGGCGGCAGGCGCGGCGUUGGAGCGGAACGAAAAGGGUGGCAAGGGCCUGUCUGCGGGAGAAAGCGCGGACGAGGAUCUCAGUCUUGACGUCGAUCGUGAUAGCGACCUGGACGGCGAUGUCGCGAUGGGCGGUGUGGGUGUGAAUGCCGCGGCGGCCACAAACGGUGCGACAGGGACCGAUGCCUCAGAGGGAAAGAAGAAACGGCGCAAGAAGAAAAUGGAAGAGUAUGACCGGGACGAUCCUUUUGUCGACGACAGCGAGUUGGCUUGGCAGGAACAUGCGGCCGCUAGCAAGGACGGGUUCUUUGUGUACAGUGGACCGCUCGUCCCGGAGGGAGAGAAGGUCCAAGUUGAACGGGCGGACGGAACUAUCAAGCGUGGACGUGGCCGGGGUCGCGGUGGUCGCAGCCGCGGGGGUCCAUCGACUCAUCAAGUGCCAAUUGCCGCCGCGGUCCCCAUCUCCCAAGAGACAGGCCUUCCUCUCCGUGGUCCGGGAUCCCGUGGUGGCAGCACCGCUCGCCGUCCCCGUCCGAGCAAGUCCCGGCAACAGGCGGAACAGGACAAACAGGGCGCCUCUUCAGCAACAUCGCAGGGACGCGGUGGAGGAGCAGCUGGCCACGGAGGAGGCGCGGCUGGAACCCGCGGUGGAAAAACGCCAUCGAUGGUCGAGCUGGCUCCUGCGCCUCGUCCGAGCUUGGCCCCUGCACCGCCAGGGCCCAGUCCUCUGGCUGGUCCAGAAGUGGUGCCAAAGUGACCCUCCUGCUGCCACUGAUUAUCUCCUCUUAUGGACGUUUCGCCGAUGCGAAGUCCAAUGAUUUGCCUUUUUUUUUUUUUUUUUU